AUGUCUAUGACUGCAAAAAACUCUACCACCACAAUAACCACUAGGGUCGCGAUAAUUAGAGGAUUUAUGAGGUUUUUGCUCGAUAGAGAUGUAAUUGCACCUGCAAAGGAUUUCAAGCUUUGGAGGAAGCGUCCUGGAUCCCCAAAGCAACAAAGUGAAAAAUCAAGCACAAAGCCACCCUUACCAAUUAGUCCAUCUCAGUUCCGGAAAGGGGCAUACCAUGACUCAUUGGAGUUUGUGCAGUCGCUAUGUGAUACAUCGUAUGGAUUAGUGGAUGUAUUUCCAAUUGAAGAUCGCAAAAGUGCUCUUCGUGAGGCGCUUGUAGAAAUCAAUCUACAUGUAGCAGAGGUUCAGAACACUGGAGAGUGUGGUCUGAAUUCUUUUAGUGGGCAACAAUGUGAGUGCAUUUGGGACAUUGUUGGGGUCAAAGCUUCUGGGACAAAGACACGAUCACUAGCUAUAGGAACUCCACUCCAAUACUACCUGUUGGUUGAGGAAAAAUUGCUAAGUGCAUUGAAAAUGUCUGCGACAGGAACAGGGCCAACCUGCUAUAUGAGCCAGUUGCUGGCCAUCACUUCUUUGAUGGCAGCAGCAUGGUCUAGUUCAGGGACUGUUCUUCCAAUCAAGGGACUAUUGUUUCAAUCGCCAUUUGGGGUCCCGCUCCUACUCCACACCAAAGCUCUGCAAUGCCUCCACGGGCGUGAUACCUUGCCGAUGCACUUGAUACACUUUGACUUUGUUGAGGGAAGCCAUAGAAUGGGUGUGGGUGUGGCCAAUGCAACCCUUGUCUCAACCUUAGUAAGAUGGGGGAAGCUAGGAGUUUGUUUUCCAUUGGGAAAAGGCAUGUAUCGCGUGCUUAAUAUACCUGAAGAUGAAGCUGUUCUCUUGAAUUCUAGGGAGAAGGCACCUUUCCUGAUAUGUGUAGAAGUUUUGAGAUGUGAAAUGCCAAGUAAUUCCAAGGAGGCAUCCAGUUCUCAAAAACUUUCUCAAGGGGGAAUCCCUUUGGCAAAUGGAGAUGCUCUCUUGCAAAGGCCACCCCCUUGGGCUUAUCCAUUGCGGACAGCACAAGAGGUUUACCGCAAUAGCAAUGAUAGAAUGUCCAGUUCGACUGCUCAUGCAAUUGACCAGGCAAUGACUCAUGUAACUGAGGCAAAAAUCAAAUUUGUUAGUCUGAAUCUUUCUGUGGAGACACAGUUAAAUUGUCAGCCAGAAAAGAUUGAAGUGGCUGAUCUACAUGGUGGCAGUCAGCGUGCUGCUUCAAUUCAUAGAGAUGGUGUGCAUGAUGAGGCUGCAGCAGGACAUGGCAGUGAUUUGGAAUGGGUACGUGUAGUGUUGACAGCUGAUCCUGGGGUUAGAUUGGAAGAUAUCGAGGAGGAAGCACCACCUCGUAGGAAGGAACAUCGUCGUGUACCAAGUACCGUGGCAAUAGAGGAAGUAAAGGCUGCGGCAGCCAAAGGGGAAGCACCUCUUGGACUUCCUUUGAAAGGUGCUGGUCAAGAUUCAUCUGAUGCACAACCAAGGGCUAAUGGAAUUACUGCCAAAGCCAGCGAUGCCUUAUCUGGUGAACUUUGGGAGGCAAAGAAGGAUAGGAUAUGCAAGGCUUCCAUAUAUGGGAAGUUACCUGGUUGGGACUUGCGAUCUGUUAUUGUUAAGAGUGGUGAUGAUUGCAGGCAGGAGCAUCUGGCUGUUCAACUUAUUUCUCAUUUUUAUGAUAUUUUCCAAGAAGCUGGUCUACCCCUCUGGCUGCGACCAUACGAAGUUUUGUGUACUUCUUCUUACACUGCUAUUAUUGAAACAAUUCCAGAUACGGCUUCUCUCCAUUCUAUCAAAAGUAGAUAUCCGAACAUAUCAAGUUUACGUGAAUUCUUCAAUGCUAAGUAUCAAGAAAAUUCUCCCAGUUUUAAACUUGCCCAGAGAAACUUUGUUGAAAGUAUGGCAGGAUAUUCCCUGGUGUGCUACUUUCUGCAGGUGAAGGAUAGGCAUAAUGGGAACCUCCUAUUGGAUGAAGAAGGUCAUAUCAUACAUAUUGAUUUUGGCUUCAUGCUCUCCAAUUCACCCGGUGGUGUUAACUUUGAAAGUGCACCUUUCAAAUUAACACGUGAACUUCUCGAGGUUAUGGAUUCUGAUGCUGAGGGUGUUCCAAGUGAGUUCUUUGAUUAUUUUAAGGUUUUAUGCAUUCAAGGCUUCCUUACUUGCCGCAAGCAUGCUGAGCGCAUCAUUCUUCUUGUUGAGAUGCUGCAGGAUUCAGGUUUCCCAUGCUUUAAAGGUGGUGCUAGGACAAUACAGAACCUACGAAAGCGAUUCCAUCUCAGUUUAACUGAAGAGCAAUGUGUCUCCCUGGUGCUUUCUCUCAUUAGCAGUAGCCUUGAUGCUUGGAGGACACGGCAGUAUGAUUAUUAUCAGAGGGUUUUGAAUGGAAUAUUAUGA